CCUUCUCCCGCCCUCCGUCAUAUCCUCUCCACCUCGAAUUCUCUACCGAAUACAAGACGCCGGCGACACGUAAUCCACCAUCAUCUACUCGUCGCACUACUUCAGAGUCGUCCCUCGAAUUCACCUACCAUACGAGUGCCGACCUUGAUACAGAAAAUGGCCGAUACGUCCUCAGCACCGAAACCCAGUAGCAGCGUUAAGCUUGUGUUGCUCGGAGAAGCAGCCGUUGGAAAGUCAUCUCUAGUCCUACGAUUCGUCAACAACGAUUUUCAAGAGAAUAAAGAGCCCACGAUCGGCGCUGCCUUUUUGACCCAGAAGAUCUCCCUGCCCAACCGGAUCAUCAAGUUUGAAAUAUGGGAUACCGCGGGCCAAGAGCGCUUCGCCUCCCUGGCACCCAUGUACUACCGCAACGCCCAAGCCGCGCUCGUAGUCUACGACCUCACCAAGCCCACGUCCCUCACAAAAGCUAAACAUUGGGUCGCCGAACUACAGAGACAAGCCUCGCCCGGUAUCGUCAUCGCGCUGGUCGGCAACAAACUCGAUCUGUGCUCAGAAUCGUCCGAACCCGCGCUUGAGGGCGACGAAGAAGCAGACGGCGCGGAGGCGGAAUCCACGGACGGCGGCGACGCGCGCAAGAUCUCGACGAGAGAAGCCAAGUCCUAUGCCGAGGAGGAGAGCCUGUUGUUCUUUGAGACUUCGGCCAAAACCGGCACGAAUGUCGCGGAGGUGUUUUCGGCGAUCGCUAACGCCAUUCCGGAGACGUCGCUGAAAGGCGCCAGAGGUGCAAGCGGCGGUGGCACUCAAGCGGCGCUUUCGGGUGCGGCGAAUCGUGCGGAUGAAGCGAGAGUCAAUCUGACGGAUCGAGCGAAGCAGAAGAGCAAUGAUUGUGCUUGUUAGUGUGGGAUG